ACAGGAGGAGAAUUCCCUACAAUGUCGGUUUAACCUUAACCACGUGGCCGACCUAGUCGUCUUCCCCGAACGAAUUUUUUUAGAAUUAUUCUUGAAAUCACCUGUACUUCCAUAUUUAGUCCUCGUAUUCACGUGCAUACAAAGAAUCUCUGGUCAAAAUGUCCUAAAUCAAAAAGCGUCAAACCCAAUUCUCCUCUCCUUCAUUUACAGAUCCAAGGUGGAGGAGGAGAUUUGAUUCUCAUACACAGUUGAAACUAUGGCGCAGAGUGUAUUGGUGACAGGUGGUGCGGGGUACAUUGGAAGCCACACCGUGCUUCAGCUAUUAUUGGGAGGAUAUAAACCCGUUUUGGUCGACAAUCUCGAUAACUCUUCCGAUAUUGCGAUCAAGAGAGUCCAAGAACUCGCUGCUGAAUAUGGCCACAACCUUUCCUUUCAUCAGGCUACAAUCUCAUCUGCAUGUGAUAAAGAAAUCCCUUCUGCUGUGAGGGAUUGUGAAAUUGUGAAGUAG